CUCCUGAGGAAGAGAAGGAGGACGCCGCCGCACUGCUGCCUCACUUUCUAUGGACUGAGCGGCUAUGAAAAACUGAGGGGAAAAAACAACAAAAUAUCUAACCAGCCUUCUUAUUUCCGCCCGAUACGUCGUGUAAAUUUGGACUUACUGCGAUUAAGGUAAGAACUGAGGACACUGGGUAACAGAAGAAAGCAGCCAUGUCUGGCACCUACAAUGACUCGCUGAUUGAUGUCUCCAGUGACAGCUUUUGGGAGGUUGGGAACUACAAGAGGACCGUAAAAAGAGUGGAUGAUGGGAACAGGCUGUGUGAUGACCUAAUGAAAUGCAUCCACGAGCGGGCCCGCAUCGAAAAGGGGUACGCACUGCAGCUUACCGAAUGGGCCAAGCGUUGGAGACAGCUUAUUGAAAAAGGACCUCAGUAUGGCACAGUGGAGCGGGCGUGGUGUGCUGUGAUGAUAGAAGCAGAAAAGGUAAGCGAGCUCCACAUGGAGAUAAAGGCUGCUCUGAUGGGUGAAGACUUUGAAAAGGUGAAGAACUGGCAGAAAGAUGCCUACCACAAGCAGAUGAUCGGUGGCUUCAAGGAGACCAAGGAGGCUGAGGACGGAUUCCGCAAGGCUCAAAAGCCCUGGGCCAAAAAGCUCAAAGAGGUGGAUACAAUGAAGAAAACCUACCAUGCAGCCUGCAAGGAAGAGAAACUGGCCACCAGCAGGGAGACCAAUAGCAAGCUAGAAAGCAACACCAACCCAGAGGCCCAGAAAAAACUCCAGGACAAAGUGGAGAAAUGUCAACAGGAAGUGCAGAAGUCUAAGGAGCGCUAUGAGAAGUCUCUGGAGGAGCUGGAUAAAGUGACUCCUCAGUACAUGGAGAACAUGGAGCAAGUAUUUGAACAGUGGCAGCAGUUUGAGGAUAAGAGACUGCGCUUCUUCAAAGAGCUCCUACUGGAUGUCAAGCAGCACCUUGAUCUCUCCACCAAUCACAAGUUCCAGACUGUGUAUCAGAAUUUGGAAGACACAAUCCAGGCAUCUGACGCAGAGGAGGAUCUGAAAUGGUUCCGCUCUAACCAUGGCCCGGGCAUGCCUAUGAACUGGCCUCAGUUUGAGGAUUGGUCCGUAGACCUGAACCGGACACUGAGCCGGAGAGAAAAAAAGAAGCCAAGUGAUGAAGUGACUUUGACGGGCAUCAACCAAACAGGAGAACGAACAACAAAGACCAACAACAGUUUGACUGUGCCCAGUAGCACAGAACCAGUGGGCUUAAACCCAUUCGACGAUGACGAUGAUGAAGAGGAAACGCCAGCGGAGCAGCCCAACAGCAGCCCAGUCAAUGCCAAAAAAGAAGAAGUUAUUUCCAAAACUGCUAGCAGAGUGGAGAAGACGCAGGAUUGGUCAGAUGAGGAGACUGGGAAUCCUUUCGCAGCGGACGCUAACGGAAACGGGAAUCCGUUUGAUGAUGAGCCAUCUUCUCCGGCAGUCUCUGUACCAGUCAGGGCUCUGUAUGAUUAUGAGGGUCAGGAGCAGGACGAGCUGAGCUUCAAAGCAGGUGACGAAUUUACUAAAAUCGGAGAGGAGGACGAGCAGGGAUGGUGCAAAGGGCGUCUGAAAGAUGGCACUGUGGGACUCUACCCAGCCAACUAUGUGGAGGACAUUCAGUGACCAGAGACAAGAUGAGAAGAGAGUGGAGAGGUAGAGAGAAAGCGGGAUGGGGAGAAGAAAUGAGGGGAGGGGUGUUUUCGUGCGAGAGGAAGCUGCUUGCUGUCCCCCUCUUGUGGUGGAGGCUGGACCGACCGCUGCAGUGAACGAAAGACUUUUCACUCUUGUUUUCUUGUAGAUGUCGCCCUAUCUCGCAGAUCUAGGAGUAGAUGCCACACUACUAUCUUAAUCCACCAACUUCCCAGCUGGUAUCUUUUCAGAUUGUUACAGCUGCAUGUCCAUUUGUGAGAAUGAGUUUUAAUCAACACAUCAUUCAACAAUCACUUAGUCUACUUUUAAAGAGCUGAACACAGUGUGAUGACAGGCCUUUGAAAAAAAAAUUCUUCAAUGCUGAUUGUUAGAUUGACAGCAGUUUAUUCUCACCAAGUCUGAAAUUGAGCCAGAACUUUUUUUUAGAGGUCCUGACUAUAAAAAAAAGCUCCAACAACAUUUUCAUUAUCUGUUGGAGAAAAGGAAAUAUAUGGAAAAGAGACAUUUAUUUUUCUGUGCCUUAACAAUUCAGUAUCUUGGGUUGGAAAAUCCAUUGGUUACUACUUUCUCUGAUGCCGAUGUAUUGUUCAAGGCCAAAGGAUCCAGCUUUGCUAAAAAAGAAACACAUUGUUUUAGUAAAUCAAGCGUUUCCAUGCAUAUUAGUAUUAUAUAUAAGUUGUGGCCAGAAUGUUUCCCUAUAACAAAAUUUAUAACUAAGAAAGAUGUCCAAUUAAAUUCUUCUAGACCCGAAAAUAGGAAUGUAAAGUAAUCACACUAUUGCCGGAACAUAUAAUCUUCACAAUAUUACCUAUUGAAAAAUUUGGAUGUCUUCAAAUGAUUGUAUACAUGGACAUACAGCAAGUAAGAGUUUCACUUAGUCUUCCACUGAUUACUAUCAGGAAAUGUGGUGGUUUUAUUUUCCA